AUGUCUACUCCGACUUUGGUAUCUCUCUGUGUUAUUCGGAUAGAAGUUGUGAAUACUCAGCUCGAAGAAUCUGCCUGUGAAAUGGCUACUAGAAAAAUCCGCGGACGAAGAGAACCACAAGGAUCUGUUUCAUUACUAUCUUCUUUACCAAUAAGAUCUAAUAAACCUAACUCAACGUCAAAAUCUAAUUCUGAAGAAUUACCAUAUCCAAUUAACGUAGUGUCAUCCAAUGGAACAAUAGAAGGAACACCAGCCCAAUCUUUCUCAUCAACUAAUCAAAUUGAUUUUUUCUCUGGCAAUCGAUAUGUUGAAGUUACUCAAGGGAUUUUACAUUUAUAUAAAGAAGAUGAAUUGACGGAAAUGCACCAUGCAGCUGAUAGAAGUCAUACAGUUUGCAUUUUGUCAGUACCAGCUACAAUGACAUGUCAUGACUUGUUAACAUUCACUGCCGCUUGUCAUCAGGAUAUUCAACAUUUUAGAAUUUUACAGGAUAAUAAUCCGAAUCAAUACAUGGCUCUCAUUACUAUGCGUUCGUCGGCAAACUGCAGCCAGUCAAUUUUAUGAAAUGUAUAACGGUGCUCCUUACAACUCUCUUGAACCAGAUGUUGUAUGUCAUAUGGUAUUCGUUUCAAGAGUUGAAGUGGCUGAUAAUGGAAUGUCAUUGUCAGGGCAUACAGAACUGCCGUCGUGUCCAGUUUGCUUAGAACGAAUGGACGAAAGUGUUGACGGAAUAUUGACGAUAUUGUGUAAUCAUACGUUUCAUUCCAGUUGUCUAGUUAAAUGGGGUGAUACUUCUUGUCCUGUCUGUCGAUAUGCACAAACACCCGAACCUUUAGAAGAUAGUCAUUGUAUGGAAUGCGCUGGAGGUACAACUACUGAUGCUUUAUGGAUUUGUUUAAUUUGUGGUCACAUUGGUUGCUCACGUUAUCAUCAAGGCCAUGCAUUCGAACAUUAUCGUGAUACCCAUCAUUGCUAUGCUAUGCAAUUGGGUAAUAACAGAGUUUGGGAUUAUGUUGGAGAUAAUUUUGUUCAUCGCUUACUCCAAGAUAAAGAUGGAAAAAUGGUUGAAGGAGGGCAUGAACCAAGUAAAGGCGAGGGAGCUGCUGUAGAUGAAAAAGUAGAUGCUGUUCAAUUAGAAUUCACCUAUUUACUUACUUCACAACUAGAGAAACAGCGAGAAUAUUUUGAAGACCGUCUAAAUCGAAUAGAACAGCGUUCAUUAUCAGAAAUUACUGAACUCAAAGACAAAUUUAGUCAAAUUUCUGUUGAGAAUUUGCAAAUAAAGGAUAAAAUCGUCAGUCUCACACGCGAAAAACAGGGCUUGGAAAAAAAAUUACAACAUUCAAAUACGAAAUUAAAUCAAGCACAGGCAGAGUUGACAGAAGAAAAAGCGUUGAGACAUGCACUUGAACAAAAUCAAUUUUCAUGGCAAUCAAAACAUAAACAAUUACAAGACGAAUUCACUGAAUAUAAAACCACUAAAGAGAGCGAGGUCGUAGAUAUGAAAGAACAUAUAAGAGAUUUGAUGUUUUAUUUCGAGGCACAAACUAAAAUUGAAAAUUCUACAGAAAGAGAUAAUAUCGCAGGUGGUACAAUUAUUAUACCUGAAAGUUCUACUCCGAACAAACCAUCAAGAUCACGUAAACAAAAUCGUAAACGCUAA